AUGGUGCUGGAGGCGCUGCGGCCGCGGCUGGUGCGCUGGGCGCUGCUGGCCGCCUUCGCCGCCGGGGUGGCCGUGGGCUGGCAGGCGGGCCGGGCGCGCCGCCGCUUCCUGCGCUGGCGACAGCGCUACCUCCAGCGCCGCCUCGCCGCCGCGCAGGAGAAGCUGGAGGCGGCCUGAGCCCAGCCCGGCUGACCCCGGAGCUGGCAGCGGGGCCCGGGGGCUCCUCCGGCCGCUUCGGUGGGCGCUGCCUGAGCUGCUGCACCGGGGGGAGCGCUGCUGGGGAAGGGCGGCAUCCUUGGAAUACAGUGCGGGAAGAGAGGACAGCAUCCUUGGAAUAGCAGCGCUUCUGGGGAAGGACAGCAUCCUUGGAAUAGCAGGACUUCUUUCCUUCACAAAGCAAGAUCUCAAAUUGUCAGACUAACCCAGCAAAGAACCGACGAUAUGGAAGCGACGAUCCCGAACUGUGUCAGACUAACCCAGCAAAGAACCGAGGAUAUGGAAGCGACGAUCCCGAACUGUGUCAGACUAACCCAACAAAGAACCGAGAAUUUGCAAACAACGAUCCCAAACCUGGAAUGGGCUGCCCAGGGAGGUUUGGAGUGUCCAUCCCUGGAGGUGUCCAAGGCACUCGUGGGCUGGGUGACAAGGUGGGGAUCCAUCCAUCACGGGUUGCACUCGAUGAUCUCGGAGGUCUUUUCUAACCUCAGCGAUUCCGUGGUUCUGGGGUUUCCAUAUUUCAAAGGGUUGUCUGCGCUUGUCCAGCUCUGAGCCUGCUGCUCUGCCCUUGCCGGGAAGCGCUGCCAACACAAUAAACUAGCGAAAGUCA